UUCUCUAGGCUGGUUCCGCCCCUUUCCGGAUGGCGUUAGGCGCGGGGUUACUUUAUUUCCUUCAAAACCUUUACAUCAGUCGGCCUUGCUCCGGUCCCCACCAGGGAAGCCCCACUCUGCCGGGACUCAGCUUUGGCCACUCUGGGGCCCACUCAAGCGGGUCCUGCCCCUUCUGCUCUCCUGGAGGGAUCUCCCUUCCAUAUUCUACUAGUCCUUCUCGGCCCCCGGCCCUCCCCCACUUCCACUCUGAGCCCUCUCGAGCUCCUCCCUGCAGUCGAGCCUUCUGGGGGAACCCCAUCACUGAACACCCCCUUUCCCACUCUCCAACCCCUCCCACCCCAACCUUGGACUUUCCCGGGACCGCUCUGACUCCUCCCUGGAAGCCCCUCCCCGUCCCCGAGGGACAGCCCCUGUUCGGUAGCCGCGGUCCCACUUUUAUCCUAGCCCCUCCCUCGGACAGCCCCUGGGCUUGUGACCGUGUCCGCACCGCCUCUACUAGUUGCAGCAGGCCGAGAAUGACUGAGGGGCUGCCUACGGUUUGCGGCCUGCCAGAGGGAGGGGAAAAAGAAGGAAGGGGGAGGGGCUGAGGGGGGCGGGCCUGGACGUGGGGAGUGAAAGCGAAAGGCCCGGCGGCGAGCUGGGAGAGCGGAGAUCUUGCAACUGGAACAGCAUGGCCAAGCCUUGUGGGGUACGCCUGAGCGGGGAAGCCCGCAAACAGGUGGAUGUCUUCAGGCAAAAUCUUUUCCAGGAGGCAGAGGAGUUCCUCUACAGUUUCUUGCCACAGAAAAUCAUACACCUGAAUCAGCUCUUGCAAGAGGACUCCCUCAAUGUGGCUGACCUGACCUCUCUCCGGGCUCCACUGGACAUCCCCAUCCCAGACCCCCCGCCCAAGGAUGAUGAGAUGGAAACAGAUAAGCAGGAAAAGAAAGAAGUUCCCAAGUGUGGCUUUCUCCCUGGAAAUGAGAAGGUUCUCGCCCUCCUUGCCCUGGUUAAGCCAGAAGUCUGGACUCUCAAAGAAAAAUGCAUUCUGGUGAUCACAUGGAUUCAGCACCUGAUCCCCAAGAUUGAGGAUGGAAAUGACUUUGGGGUGGCUAUCCAGGAGAAGGUGUUGGAGAGGGUAAAUGCAGUCAAGACAAAAGUAGAAGCCUUCCAGACAACCAUUUCCAAGUACUUCUCAGAACGUGGGGAUGCUGUGGCCAAGGCCUCUAAGGAGACUCAUGUAAUGGAUUACCGGGCCCUGGUGCAUGAGCGAGAUGAGGCAGCCUAUGGGGAGCUCAGGGCCAUGGUGCUGGACCUGAGGGCCUUCUAUGCUGAGCUUUAUCAUAUCAUCAGCAGCAACCUAGAGAAAAUUAUCAACCCAAAGGGUGAAGAGAAGCCAUCUAUGUACUAGUCCAGGGCCAAAAUAAUAAUAAUAAUGAUAAUAAUAAUAAAUGACCUAUUCUUUGUGUGAA